GCCCUCAACAAGAAACCUAUAUCCCCAAAACUACAACUUCCCUAAGGCUGUGCGCGGAUUGUCCCCUCCAAGACCGGAAGUUGCCCCGGGCUUUUUCCAGGGAUCAGAAAAAGUAGAGGAGGACUCUUCCCCGCCCUUGGGCUACGUUUCCGCAGCAGCUGCUGGGUCGCUCGCUUCAGGGUGGGACCACGUCAAGAAAAAAAAAAGGAAAACAUGCAAAGAAACGAUCCCUCUGGAUAAACUGGCCCCCAGAAACUACUGAGAGAAUGGCAUCUUUUAAAAGAAAUCUCAGACAAGAAUUGAUUUCCCAGUUUCACUCUUCUGCUGCAGAAGGAAACAUCAGCAACUUGACAAUAAUCCUCAGUCAGUAUCCAUUUCUCAUAAAUGAAACUUCUGAAAAUGGUUGGACUGCUCUGAUGUAUGCUGCAAGAAAUGGGCAUCCACGUGUUGUUCAGUUUCUGCUGGAAAGGGGGUGUGACAGGUCCAUUGUCAAUAAUUCUAAGCAGACUGCACUGGAUAUUGCCACGUUCUGGGGCUAUAAACAUGUAGCUACCUUACUAUCUAAAGCCAUGGGUAUACAGAAACCAUUAAUAGUGCUCAAUAAAGUGGAAGAAUUUGAAAAUUAUUUUAGUAGGACACUCCUAGACAGGAAAAGUGAGAAAAGAACGAAUUCAAUGUGGCUAUCAAUGAAACAAAUCCAUCCAGAUACAGUCUAUAUCCUUUUCUCAGAUUUAAGUCCAUUGGUUACAUUGUCUGGACAACAGCCAGAAGUGAGGCUUUGUCGCUUGAGCUACAUGCAUAUAAAGGAUUAUUUAACAAAUAAUGAUAAUGCCAUACUAGUUUUUCUUGGAGUAGAACUUGGAACAAAAAGGGAAUUUGUUAAUGAUAAUACAGGGGAAGACACAAAAGAGGAUGAGGAUGGGUGGGUUGCUUGGUUUGCCCUUGGUAUAGAUGCCAUCUCUGCUGAAGAGUUCAAACAAAGACAUGAAGAUUGUUACUUCCUUCAUCCUCCAAUGCCUGCUCUCCUACAGUUGAAAGAAAAAGAAGCUGGGGUAGUAGCUCAAGCAAGAUCUGUUCUUGCAUGGCAUAGCCGAUAUAAGUUUUGUCCAACAUGUGGAAGUGCAACUAAAAUUGAAGAAGGUGGCUAUAAAAGAGUAUGUUUAAAUGAAGACUGUCCAAGCCUUCAAGGAGUUCACAAUACAUCCUAUCCAAGAGUUGAUCCAGUAGUAAUCAUGCAAGUUCUUCAUCCUGAUGGGAACAAAUGCCUUUUAGGUAGGCAGAAAAGAUUCCCUCCUGGCAUGUUUACAUGUCUUGCUGGAUUCAUCGAACCUGGGGAGACAAUAGAAGAUGCUGUAAGAAGAGAAGUAGAAGAAGAAAGUGGAGUCAAAGUUGGCAAUGUUCAGUAUAUCUCUUGUCAGCCUUGGCCAAUGCCCUCCUCCUUAAUGAUUGGUUGCUUGGCAGUUGCUUUGACUACAGAAAUUAAAGUUGACAAGAAUGAAAUAGAGGAUGCUCGCUGGUUCUCUAAAGAACAGGUUAUAGAUGUUCUUUCCAAAGGAAACCAACAGUCAUUCUUUGUGCCACCAAGUAGAGCUAUUGCACACCAGCUAAUCAAAUACUGGAUCGGGAUGAAUUCAAACCUUUAAAUUCAAGAGCCUGACUUUGCAACACAUUAUUUUGCUUCUGAUUACUGAUUAGUCUUAAGUCAAUUAGAAAUAUUUGGUGAUCUUCUGAAAUGUCAAAAUUUGAUCCAUUGUAGCUUUCUGGAAUUUUAUCUUGAGUACAGUCCAUUUUAGGAACAGAAAACAGAAUUAAUUUCUAAAUGUCACAUGAUUGCCUCAGAUUUUCUUAAAGUAGGUAUAAUUCUCACAACUACCUUUUUUUUGUAGUAGUACAUAACAACUAUAUCUUAUUAGAACCAUAUCUCUCUCUAGUGAAAGAUGUUUUCCUUAUAAUAAAAAAACUCAUGACUUUUAAGUCAUAAGAAUAAAGAUACAGAAAUUCCAAAACUAAAUUCUAUUCUUGGCUAUUCUAACAUUUAUAUUUGGUCUUAGAUAUAUCAUUUAAAUUGCAUUUCAUUUCUUCAUCUAAGAAUUGAUAAUAUAUCAGAAAAAUUAUUUUCAGUGAGUAUUACUUUAUUUUACAUUUUCAUCUUUUUUAACCUUAAGAUGCCUUGUAGUGUCAUCAUAUUUUCACUUAAUUAUUCAUCAGAUUGCCCCAAACAUAUGCACAUGAAAAUUCAUUUUAAUAGCAAAAGUUGUUAUUAAUAUGCUACUACUUUAGUCUAAGCUAAUCUAAUUUAAGCAUUUUUAUAUCAGACAAAGACUGACCAGUGUUGUUAGUGAUACCAAAAUGUCAUGUUAUCUUGUAAGAAGAAUCAUUCUGAAGCGUAAUUGUAUGGGAUAUAAUUCAAAACCUGAAAUGAAUCUUAGGGACUUAGAUGUCCAUAGCGGGGAAAUGCUUUAUUUCAACUUUGAAAUGAAAACUUUUAAAAGGCUAUAGAAUACAUUCUUGAUAAAUUGUUCUCUAUAAUAAAAGAUAUGUGGGUAUUUUUAUGUGUGCUAUAACAUGUCUCCAUUAGUUAAAAAAAUUAUAAAAAGUAUAUUAAAAUACACAAUUCAACUACACUUAAAAGCAUUAUAAAGAUAUAUUUAUAUACGAACUUUUUAAUAUACACUUGGCAUACUUCAUAGAAUUUUGAGAUGAAAGAAGCAUUAGUGAUAAUCUCAGUAAACUCUUUUAGUAGAAACUGAGACAUGAAGGAAAGUAACAUGCCAUGGUCACAUAGAUAGCUAGUGACUGCCAUCCAAGAUUUGAUCCCAAAUUCUCAGAUUGAUUCACUGCUCUUUCGAGAAUACCAGACUGCUUUCUAAUAUUGCAAUAUUUGUAAUAGAGUAAAUUUUUCCAUUUUUUAAUUUUAUGUCUUAAGCCUUAUUGUAAAGUACAACAUUAAAUACAUUCUGAAAUUCUUUUAUAAAUCACAUUAGAAAAAUUAAAAUUUAAAUCACAGAAUGUGACUUCCUUUUCAAGAACUAGAAAAGAGACUUUAGGAAACAUCUCAUUCCAAUCCAAGAGAAAUUAAAUGACUUGCCUUGAUGAAGCUGGGAUAUAUAGACUAAAUUAACACUCAAAGAAUAGAUGUCCAGAAAUUAAAAUGGAAUUCUCUUCUAUCUAUUCAAAAUCAAAAUUUAAGAUACAUAUAGCAUACAAUCUAAAUAAGACAACCUUUUUUGGGGAAAAAAUUUAUCAGCAUUGUUUCUUAGUAAUUGAUAUGAAAUUUUAACAUAAAUUAAAAUCCAAAUGAAAACUUACACGGUACAUUCCAGUGCCUUUUAAAAUUAUAGAUUAACAUUUUUUAAAUCAUUUUUUAUUAUAAAUUAUAGUGAACAGAAUUAAAUUUUCCUUACAAAUAGUAAGUUCUAAAAAUAAUAUUUAAAUUAUAUUUUUAAUACUUGCAGAUUUCUAAAGGUACAUGGUGGAAAUUGUGAUUUCCAUAACGCUUAAAUAAAAAUGCUAAACAGCAUAAUUUAAUUAUUUAAAAGAUGGAAUUAUAAAAUUACAAAUUUGGGGCUAUUUUCUCAGGGAAAAUAAGUAUCUGAGUAAUUUUUAUAAUUAUUCUUCAGUUGUCCACCUCUGAGAGGUGAUAUCCAAAUAUAAAUAAACAAUGUAGCCAGUCAGAAAGGAGGAGGCUGUGUAAGCACCAUAUAUGUAUUCUGUUUUAAAUGUCUGUAUUAAUAUAUUAAAAGAUUUACUCAUGCAUUUUC